CACUGCGGUAGGCACCCUGGGGGCUGGCAGGACCCUGACCCCAAGAUGGCGGCGCCCUGCGAAGUGGCCGCGGCAACCUCUGGCGAAAGUGAUGGCGGGGGUGGGGGUUUUGGAUCCUGGCUGGACGGACGGUUGGAGGCGCUGGGAGUGGACCAAGCCGUUUACGGUUCCUACAUCCUUGGUGUCCUGCAGGAGGAGGAGGAAGAAGAGAAGUUGGACGCUCUGCAGGGUAUCCUGUCUGCUUUUCUGGAAGAAGAUUCGCUCCUUAAUAUCUGCAAGGAGAUUGUGGAACGAUGGUCUGAAACUCAGAAUGUUGUCACCAAAGUGAAAAAAGAAGAUGAGGUACAGGCCAUUGCCACCCUCAUUGAGAAGCAGGCACAGAUUGUGGUGAAGCCCAGGAUGGUGUCGGAAGAGGAAAAACAGAGAAAAGCUGCCCUGCUGGCCCAGUAUGCCGAUGUAACAGAUGAAGAGGAUGAAGCAGAUGAGAAGGAUGAUUCAGUUGCCACCACGAUGAACAUUGGUUCAGAUAAAUCUCUAUUUCGAAACACCAAUGUAGAAGAUGUCCUCAAUGCUCGGAAAUUGGAGAGAGACUCACUUCGGGAUGAGUCCCAAAGAAAGAAGGAACAGGACAAGCUGCAGAGGGAGAGAGACAAACUAGCCAAGCAGGAGCGCAAGGAAAAGGAAAAGAAAAGGACACAGAGAGGGGAGGGAAAGCGAUAACCCUGGCCUGUUCAAUUCUUCCCCUGCUUCAAGAACUUGAUGAAAAGGAAAACUGGCUUUGCAAAUGUGUAUUUAAGAGAAAUGAGAAAACAUUGCAUAGUUCUUUCCCAAGGCAUUUCCCUUUUGUUUACAUGGUCAAAAGGAAAAUCACAAUCACUUUUAAUUACAAAAAUGUGCCAUGUUUUGCUGAUGUGGAUGAUCAGAUAAUUAAUGUCUGUACCAAAGAGCUGCAAUUGGGGCAAUCUUUAUAUUUUAAUACUGAAGUUCUGUGCUCCUUUUGGCUCCUUUUUUAUAAAAUGUCUUCCCUCACCUAAUUUUCCUUGAAUAAAUAGGAUUCAGAAAGCUAAUAGGGUUUUCUUCUGGGAAAAGAAACAUGACCGUUCCUCUGAGAUGAAAAGUACAAGUAUAAUUUACUUCAGAGGUAAUAUUUACUCCUUAGUAUAGUUUUAUGGCUGAUAUAUAAAGCUAAUCAGGAAGCUUGGUGGUGUGGUACACACCUGUAAUUCCAGCUCCUGGGGAGGCUGAGGCAGGAGGAUUACAAGUUGAGGCCAGUUUGGGCAAAUUAGUGAGACCAGUCUCAAAAAAAAAAAAGGCCUAGAGACUCACUGCUGGCUUCCAUCCCCAGUGCUGCCAAAAAGAAAAACUAAUGAAAAACUCUACUUGGAUUGGAUUUUAUGUUACAUGACAGAAAACUAAGAAAGUGGGAAGAAAUUAUUUGGAGUGUGUUUAAGAUCUGAGAUCUUUUUUAAAGAAAAUUUCAACUGAUGGGAUAAAAAAGUAUCUUUAAGAUAGUUAAAUAUUUUUCUUCAUAUAGGCUGUGACAUUAAGAAGGAUGUGUCAAUAUUGAGUGCAACAUUAUCAUUGUUAAGCUAGAUUCAUUUUUUUUUAUAGUCAUGAAUUCUCUUGAAUGCCAGUAGAAAUUUUAACCCCAAUUUUCCCUAAAACAUGACUAUUAAGACGUGGUAAUUCCUGAUUAGAGAAACUGGAGGAAUUGCCCUUUUAAAGAAACACUGGAAAUCUUGCUAAUAUAAAAAAUACUUAAAGAGUGUACAUAGUAGGUGCUUAACAAAUUUAUUGAAUGAAUGAAUGGGAAAAUUGCCUGGGAGAGUCAAAAGUGAGCAAGAACUCUCCAUUUCUACCUUUUUCACAAGCCACAUUCAGUUAUAAAUAAGGCUCUUCUCUACUUGACUUCAGGCAGUAGUAGACCGUCCAGAAGCCUAAAGAGCAUUUUUCUCUCAUAAGACAAAGUAGAUAUUUUAUACCACGAGUCAGCAAACUACCAACUACAGGGCAAAUUUGGCCAUCUUUUUUUGUAUGGUACAAAUUAAAAAUGGUUUUUACAUUUUCAAGAGGCUAUAAGAUAAAGAACACAUGAUAAAACCUGAAUUAUUUAAUGUCUAGCCCUUUCAAGAAAGUUUGCUGACCUUUGUUUUAUAUCAUUAACUAUGAGAUUAACAAAAACUUUUAUCUUUGUGCAGAAGGUUGAAAAUAAAAAGCAUGGUUAAGGAAAAGGAAAUUAUGUUACCUCUUCAUAAAGUCCUCUAACCAUGGCAUUGCAAAAAUAACGACAUUUUUUAAAAAAUAAACUUUAUUUAAAGUCACCA